AUGACUUUGUUGCACAAAAAUUUCAUAUCUAAGAAUGCACGGGUUAAUAUAGGACCGGUUAAAUCCUUUAGAUUGUUUAAGGAAAAUGUCGGGGGUUAUGAGAAUGUGGGAGUGACAAUGCAAGAUUUUAAGAAUUUCCAUAGGGAUUUGAAAACAUAUAUUAAAGGAGAUGAUGGGAAGAUGUUGAUCGAGAAUUUUAUCAGAAAAAGAGAUAUUUACACGGGGUUUUAUUUUGAUUAUGCUUUAGAUGAGGAGGACCACAUUUCACGUUUAUUUUGGGCCGAUGCGAUAAGUAGAAAGAAUUAUUGUUUAUUUGGAGAAAUGGUUACUUUUGAUUGUACUUAUAACACCAAUAAGUAUAGCAUGGUUUUAGCCCCUUUUACUGGUGUAGAUCAUCAUAAGUCUUGUAUUACAUUUGGUAUAGGUUUAUUAGCUAAGGAAGAUAGUGAAUCUUUUGAGUGGUUAUUUAGAACUUUUUUACAUUGUAUGGGGGAUUGUAUGCCAACAUAUUUGAUAACUGAUCAAGACCCUGCAAUGAAAAUUGCGAUUAAAAAUGUAUUUCCACACACAAUACACAAACUUUGCAUGUGGCACAUCAUGAGUAAAGUGACUGAUAAAGUUGGACCGGAAUUGAACAAAAAUGAAGAUUUUUUGAAAGAAUUAAAUGGGUGUGUAUGGAAUAUUGAUCAAGAAGAAAAUGAAUUUGAGGAAAAAUGGGAGGGAAUUAUGACCAAAUACAAUCUUCAAAUAGAUAAAUGGUUUACUAGUAUAUUUAGUAUACGAGAUCAAUGGAUACCCGCAUAUUUUAGGGAUAUCCCAUUGGGGGGGAUUUUGAGAACUACAUCCCGAUCGGAAAGUGUUAAUAGUUUCUUCAACCAUUUUUCAAACCCUCACAUGACACUUGUUGAAUUUUAUAUGAGUUAUGAAAGUGCAAUGGAUGCACAGAGGUACAAACAAGAUAAGCUCAAUGCUGAAUCACUUCACACAAACCCACAAUAUAAAACACCAUUGCCGAUUGAAAAACAUGCCGGUGAAGUCUAUACUAGAAAAAUUUUUUUUCUUUUUCAAAAUGAAGUUUAUAAGUCUUGUUUCAAAACUUAUAUUCAAAAUAUUGAAAAGAUUGAAAGUGUGGAAAGUAUAACUGUUUUGGACUCAACGGUAAGUAAGAUAUACAAGGUGAAAUUUAUACUGGGAAGUUCGAUUGACGAGUUGAAGGUAGAUUGUGAUUGCAAGUUAUUUAAACGGAUAGGAAUAUUAUGUUCCCAUGCGAUUUGUGUUAUGAGUGCAAGACAAAUAACACAAAUACCAAAGCAAUAUGUUUUAGAUCGUUGGACGAAGCUAGCAUUAAAGAAGCCUAUUUUUGAUUUGCAUGGGAAUCUGAUUGAAGAGAGCAAAAAGUGUAACAACGUGGGGAAGUUGUUGGGGGAAGUUUGGUGUGAAAUAUUCAAUUGUGUAGGUUUAGCUCAACGGAGUGAGAGUGAUUUACAAUCACUUUUACAAAACCUAAAAGAUAUUAGUAGAAAAUUGGAGGAAAGUGAUGAUGUGAGGGUGGACAUUACUAAAGAACAACAGAUCGAAUUGUUAGUAGGCACAAGUUCAUCUUCGACAAUGGAAAUAAAAAACCCAAUCCAAUCAAAGAACAAAGGAAAAAGACAAAGAAUAAUUGGGGAAAAGGAACAAACUAUUGAGCAAAGCAAGAAGCCCAAAAGAAAGUGCAAAACUUGUGGUAAAUUUGAUUAUCAUGAUAGUCGAAAUUGCCCAUCAACAAAAGAUACCCCACUUAAGGAGAGGGUGAGGGAAAAAGAUGGGCUAAACCAGAAUUGA